ACUCCAUAUCCAUAGUGUUCCUUAGGUUACCCCAUAGUGUUUCCUGGGAUGUCCCAAAUAAAAUCAUCAUCUACUUCUCUCCCUGGAGUUAGAGUUCAAUUAACCCUAGAAAUUUAAUUCACCUGUUAAACCCACUUGAUUAAUCUCGAAAUCCCUUGCGAAUAAACAAAUUCCCCAAGAAGACUGUUCCGAAUGUAAUGCAUUGAUUUCCUUCGUUUAAGACCUAUCACAGCAAGAAAACAGCCGGAUAUAUCAUGUGUUUCGGGUACUCUAUGGAUACCGGGGGUGCACUGUAUGUGUACUUGUUACUUGCGUUUAUACUCAUCUAUCUUCCAGCAACAUCAGUGAGUCGCAUCUGGUUGCCAAGUUUAACAACCAGCAAUACGUCAGCUCAUUGCCGUACUCGAAGAAAUAUCUUUUGGAAGCUUACUUUAACAAACACGAUAUCUUAAUUGAUUCAAACUUCCAAAGUUUCUUUAAGCAUGACUUUCCCGUUCACUCCUGUAAAUAACUCGGUUAUCUGAAUACGGUGGUGAUUAAAGUACUAGUUUUGCACAAGGAUCUGAUUGGUGAAGGCUCUCAUCGUCGCUUAUUUUCUUCCUUGAGGAUUAGUAUCCAGCCUGAUACAACCAUGUCAGAGCGACCAGCGCACUUCUGUGAAGCCGUAGUUAUUGAAAGACUACCAUCUGGAGUAUUUGCAGACCCAUUUGAGUUACAACAACUCGUCCAACAUGGUGUCUUUGAAGACGCUGCUGUUUUUGGAGAUACAAACUUGGAAUUACCUUCAGCUCUUUCCAACAGAUCAGUUGUCGAAGUUCACAUUGAUAUUGGUCAGAACAUUCUAUGGAAGCACACUGAGGAAUUGGAAAUCAACCUUGAGCUUCCAUUGCAUGCACGCUAUCCACCUCUUGAUGGAAGUGGUUACUCAAAAGUCGAAAUGGGCAUUCCAGAUAUGUUUAUUCACUGCACCACUGAAAGUAUAGCGGUAUGUGAAAGAUGUUUAUGGGUGAAAACAGCCGAAGGCAUUAAAUCCCUAGCUGAUGCUGUUGUUUGGAGGAUCCCUUCUGGAAACAAGGCACAUUCUCAAGUAGUAUCUUAUGUUACUUUUACGGCAGCUCUCUUGUCCACGAUGUUAAUUGUUCUUGCUGCUAUCUACAAUUCAGCUAAUACCAAUACAGCUAACAAAUUAAGAAAAAGUUGAAUUCAGUUUUACUGCGUUCUCAGGCAUAUACACACUGUACACUUUUU